UCAGUGUCGUCUUGUUGGUUGUCGCGUUCGUGUGCGCGCACUGAGAAAAGCGGAACGCCAGCGUUGCACUAACCGUUGCAGUUUCUAUAUUACUCUCGAGUCGCCCGAUUUCAGAGCUGUUCGUACCGCUCGUGGGAGUGCGUGCGUUUUAACCAAAACAACUACCAAAUCGCGUACAAGAUACCAAACCAAUAUAACCGAGAGGCCCGAAAGGAAAACCCCUGCUGUGGAGGGCAUUUUGCAUUUUGUUUACCUCGAUGGCUGUGUGGAGUGCAAUUUGACGAUUAUAUAAUAUAAAAUACAAAAUACAAAAAAUAGGGAAAACGAGUAACAGUGCGCGGCAUUCGAUUUUAAUUGCAAUCAACUACAAUAACCGCUGAAAUCUUUUGCAGUAAUAUGUUGCCUUCAAAUCAAUUGGGAAACCAACAACCAAAGUUAACGCAACGUUUCUAAAACUUAAAGUCUAAACAACAAACGAAAUAAUAGUUACGAAAUACACAAUAAUAUUUAAACCAAACCAAAAGUGGCCUGCAAAACGAAGCAACCAAAACAACCAAAACAACCAAGAAAUGUGAUUCAAUGUGUGCAAUGUAACCAAAUUAUAAUUAACAAGCUAAAUAAAACGAUAACUAGAGCAGGAGAAAAGCCGUGGAAAAUCAGCGGGAAAGCCAACCAAAGCCAGGCCAAAUGGAAAACAAGGAAUCCGGCAGCCAAUCGAACAGCCAACUAGCAGCCAUCGUGGCCAAUGAUUAAGGGAACACUCUGUUAGCCAACUCGUAGUAGCAGCAUCCCCCGUCCACACAUAACACCCAGUAACACAGCCACUCAGCCGCACAGAACCACUCGACCUCCCCUCGCAUCUCGAUGCUCGCACAGAAGGCGUUGGAGCAACAAUUAUAGAAUAGACAGCCAGACGACCACAUCAGCUCAGCUCAGCCCCAACUGCAAACUCCAAUCACCAGCUCCAGCUCCAACUCAAUCUCAAUCCCGAGCCAAAACCCCCAACAUGGACAUCAAGAUUGAGCAGCAGCAGCAGCAACAGCAAGUGGAGCUGGGACCCUGUUCCCCCUCGGAGGUGCCCAAUGAUCCCGGAAAAAUGUUCAUUGGCGGCCUCAGUUGGCAGACAAGUCCAGAGAGCUUACGCGAUUACUUCGGACGUUACGGUGAUAUCUCAGAGGCUAUGGUCAUGAAGGAUCCCACGACGCGCAGAUCCAGAGGCUUCGGCUUUGUCACAUUCAGCGAUCCAAAUAGCGUAGAUAAGGUACUCACCCAAGGCACACACGAGCUGGAUGGCAAAAAGGUCGAUCCGAAAGUAGCUUUUCCGCGCCGUGCACAUCCCAAGAUGGUGACGAGAACGAAGAAAAUCUUUGUGGGCGGCCUCUCGGCGCCCACCACACUGGAGGAUGUCAAAAGUUACUUCGAACAGUUUGGUCCGAUCGAGGAUGCAAUGUUGAUGUUCGAUAAGCAGACCAAUCGGCACAGAGGUUUUGGCUUCGUUACAUUUCAAAGCGAAGAUGUGGUAGACAAAGUUUGCGAAAUUCAUUUCCACGAGAUAAACAACAAAAUGGUCGAGUGCAAGAAGGCGCAGCCGAAGGAAGUGAUGCUGCCGGCCAAUCUGGCCAAGACGCGGGCUGCCGGGCGUUCUGCAUACGAUAACAUCAUGUGGGGACUGGGGACAUUGCCCGAAGGUUUUCCGGCAGCUGCCUAUGCUGCUUAUGCCGCUGGUCGCGGAUACUCGGGCUAUCCCAGUUUUGGACUGCCCUAUCCAACUGUUGAUCUAACCAAUGGGCAGCUGACACCCAACAACAAUACACCGCUGCUGACCCAGGCGCUGUCAGUGAUGAACAACUAUCAGGCGGCUGCUGCCGCUGCCCACAGCUAUGGGCCGUCGGCAUCGCCGCAUGCCGCCGCCGCCAACACGGCCACCCGGCAGGGAUUCCCCUCCACCAACUCACCUGGCCCCACCAUCGACAUGUACAGCUCGGCGGCCGCCGACAAUGUGGGCUAUGUGCAGGCCACCAGUCCGCAGCCGUCCGGCUUCCCCAUCGCCGUCAGCCGCGCCCCGUUGAACUACAGCCCGGGACCACUAAUUCCUGCGGCAUUUACAAAUGGAUACCAUUAAAAGGUGGCGCCGACAACCGCAAUGACAACAGCAACAACAACAGCAACAGCAGCAACAGCAGCAGCAGCAACAACAGCAACAGGAGCAACAAUUGCAACAGCAACUUUAGCAACAAAUGACAGACACACACACACACACACACUCAGACACAGAUACACACUGCAGUGCUGCAACCACAGAGCGCAAAAAAGAAUUAAUUUAAAGUUAUAUAUACCUGCAUAUAUAUAAAUAUAAAUCAAAUAAAGUACAUAUUACAUAUUUGUGUAUUUCCACAUGCAAGAAAAACCGAGACAACUGCAAGAGCAACAAACAAUAAACCAAACACACAUAUUAUAAUUAAUUAAUUAACGUAUAUUACAAAUACGUAUAUAUAAACGCAUGGGAAAAAACGAAAAAUGAACAAAAAAAAAGUGAUGAGGACGAACUACGAGCGAACACAAACAACAAAAAUUAAUUUUAAUUUAACAACUACUACAACAACAAAAACAACAACAUCGGCAAGAACAACGCUCGGCCCCGAAAGAUGCAACGUGUGCAGCAAAAAUCGUUUAAAAUGCAAAUUAAACGGAAACUGUGCGUCCAACUGGAGUGGAGUGCCAUCGCGAUGGGGCGGUGGGUGGGGGCGUGGUCCUGCUCACACAGCGAAAAAAAGGACUCCACCACACCGAGCCGCCAACACGCCCCACGCCCACCGCCCACAGAUGACAACCAGGCCAAAAGGGGCGUAACCACUUUUAAGUAAUGAGAAACCAACAAACAAAAAAGCAAAAACUAACAAAAAAAAUAUAAAUCACAAAAAAGUACGUGGGGGUUACUAAUAAAACGUCAGAGUUGAAAAACAGGAUAAUGCAAAAAUGUUGCAAUAAUAGCGAAAAUGUUAUUAUUUAAUUGCGUAUUAUUAAAGGCAAAUUAUUAUUACCAUUAUUAUUGCUAUUCUUAACGUAUCUAAGUUGUAACUUUUAAAGUUAAAGUCGAUAUAUAUAUAUAUAUAGUAUAUAUACCUAUAUAUACACAAGAAUAUACAGAAUCUUAUACACAUAAAGUAAACUGCAAUAUAUACAAAAGGGAAUUACUUGAAUCAAAAAACGCGAAACCAACCACAAGUUAUUGUACUUUCAACGAUAAUCGAUUUAAGAUGCGAAUUGGAGGUGUUCGAGUUUGAAAAUGUUAAGAAUCGGUUGGGUUUAGUUCUCAUUUCCGGACUGGGUUGGGGGUGAAUCAAAUCAAAAUUGUGCUUACAAUUAUAUUUAUGAAUUUAUUUUAAAGUACAACAAAUCCUUUAUUGGCCAAAGUAAACAACAAAGAAACAAAAGCGAAUGUGAGCAAAAGUCGAAGGCAAUUUGUUAUUAACUAUGUUGAAGUUCUCUUUCUCAUUAUUUCAAUCGAGUCAGGGGAAGGUAGAGGAAAAAACCUAUAACUUUUGUGUUCACAUUGAAAGCAAAGUGGUAAAUAAUGCUAAUUAAUCAGUGGAUAGUUAGACAAAUAUGUUAAAGCAUUAAAUAUGACAAUGAAAGCGAAGUGAGAGAGUGAAAUUCCGUAGCUCGAGGCAUAAAUCAAUUUAUUUGCUAAACACAAUGGUGUAUCCAAAACAAUGAAAACGCAAAAAGCUAAAUGCAACACCCUAAAUAUGUAAGAAACACACCAAUUUCGAGAUACAAGAUACAUACACACCACACACCCAAACACAAUACACGAACAUAACACAGAUCUUACGGAUAAAUCAAAAAGAAACACUUAAACAAAUUACUUGGUAAGAGCAUAUGCAAAUAUAACAAUGAACUAUUAUACAUACAACAUAUAGUACGAUUAAGUAAAUAAAAUAUUUAUAAAACAAACGCGCAAAAUUGCAAAUGUUUGAACACUUAACUAAAUAUAUCUGUGUAAACAAGCGUGUAAAAAGGAUCACAGAUGCGCCACAAAAGCGCUAGUGGAAAAUUGGAAAUGAAAACGAUGAUGAAAAUUAAAAUGAAUACGAAAAUGUCGAUGACGAUGAUGAUGAAUGCAGGCCACGCAAUGUGCAAUUAAUUUUUUUCUAGUCGCUCCGUCCGGCUAAAUCGCCCGGACGAUACUAGACAUAUUUGAGGAUUAUGACGAUAACGACGACGAUGCAAUCGGGGGCGUAAUAGAAAAAUAUAUUUAUAUACAACUAUAUGGAGUAUUAAAUUAUUGGAAAAGCAAACCAAACAAAACCUAUCAGCUAGAUAAGUAAACAACAUUUGUUACACACAGCAAGUGGGGGAUAAUUGCGAGCAACAAAAAACCAGAAAACCAAAAUAGCAGAGACAAGAAAAUAUUCUAUAAUUGACAGAACAACAAUACAUACGUUGCGCUUUUUGUCUGUCUGAGAUUUUUUGCAUUAGGCGACGAAAAAAAAAAAACCAGAGAAAAAAGAAAAACAAAAACCCAAACACACACACACACCACAACUGAAACAAAAGCCAAGAGACAGCAAACAGCAAGCAGAGAAAAGCCAGUGGAAAAACAAAAGCAAAUGCCGAAACAGUGAAAAUGUUCCUUUCCUAACUUUUUUGCCAAAUUGUCAAACCAACGCUCUCCAGGACUUUUGUCGAGUCUCGGACCAACAAACUUACACAUUACCUAUAUAGCAUGUUAGGUGGAAUCGCGGGCACCGAAACCAAAAAAAAAAAAAAAACAGAAACCGAAUCCGAACAGCAAACAAAUGCGAUAAUUGAAGAGGGACAGGAAAUAAUUGCAGUGUAACAUAAACUACAUUAAACGUUUAAAGUGUUGACUAUACCCCACACGCCGAUCAUUUCAGAUUUUCCAAAGAUCGCAACUUGCGACUUUGCCAUGUGCAUCACACUUACAUAUAAAUAAUCAAAAACCAAACAAGAUGUAAACAAAUUAAGGAAGCUAAGGAAGGGGGAAAUCUUCAAUUUUAGAUAGACAAAGAUCAGACCAUUCGACGGUCUGGCAUAUCGGGACUUUGGACGGAAGAAGAUUACUUUAGCAGGUCACAGGUCAUUGGAGGCGAAUUCCAAAUGCAGCUUCUAUCCUGCGGGGCAGAUAUUUUUAAACGGGGGUGGCUGGCGGAGGGCAGCGACGGCAAACAUGUUAUAUUUGCAUAAUAUAUAUAUAUAUAUAUAUAUUAAACCUACUUCUAAGGCAUAUAUAAAUAUAUAAAUAAAUAUAUUUUUAAGACAUGUUCUAAAAGCAAUAAUUCAAAACAACAACAAGCGCUGCAGAGGCAGAAGUAAAUUGAACAAAUCCCCAAAAGGAAUACAUAAAAUAUACACCAAUAUAAAUAUACAUUAAAUAUAUACACCCACACCUAAUUAUAUACAUAUAUAUACAUGCAUACCAGAUAUAUAUAUAUAUAUAUAUAUAUCUAUAUAUGUAUGUAUUCAAGAAGCGACUAGCUGAAACACCAGGCCGACCUUCGACUGUCUUAGUCGGAGUCUGAGGAAAUCAUUUCGCUGGCAGCUAAGCCUGUAUUGCUACACUUCUUUAACUAGAGCCCCAUGAUCCAUGAUCAUUGGGCCGGCAAUCGUUUGUACUCGUAUUAUUUGUGGUGUAGGUAGACGCAGGACGAAGGACCUCGAGGCAGACUCGGGAUCCCCAAAUCCCUUUUCGUUGUAAGUCGAUGCAGCUUUAGGUGUAAUGUUGAGUCUUUCCUAGAAGUUUCCCCAGCAUUCCCAGCUAUCGAUCGACUCUAGGCUUUCCGUUUGUGUUUUGUAGUGCUGUAUAUUCUGAAAAGGAUCUUCUGCGGAAGCUAUAGCCGAUCACAGACAGAUCACAGACGAUCACAGAUAUAGUAACUAUUGGUAUACCGGAUCAACUUCUGCUUAAAGAAUACCGAAACAACAAGCAAUGCGUCCUUGUAACAAAAUCAAUUUCAGUCAAUUAGAGAAUUUCCAACACCAAACAGCACAGAGACAUAAAGACAACAACAAGCAACAAGAACAUUUUUUAAAUACCAAAAAAAAAAAGAACAAAAAGCGAACAAGUGAAGACAAAAACAAAGCAAAAACAAACAUUUUUUCAUUAUUUUUUUACUGAUGCGCCGUCAGAGCGAAGAAAAUUUAGGUUGAGAUCGCGGCAGUGGACGGCGCAGGCGCAAAAGCUUUAAAUUGAACAAAAUAUUAAUAACACGAACAAGGAAAAAAAAACAAUUUAUAAGAUUCGACAAGUGAGCUCUCUUUUUUAUAUCGAGAACGGAGAAGUGUGUGUGUAUAAAAAGUAUGCCGUAACGAUUUUUUAAAAAUAAUGUACCCCAUACUUUAAGCUAUACGCAACUUUCGGUCAAAAUGUCAAUUGGUGGUCGAAGCCGGGUGGUAGAAAGCCAAAAGUUGAAAAUAAACACGUGGCACAAAAAAGACAUAAAGUGUAAUGUAAAAUAGUUUUAAAUUGGCGAAACACCAGAAGACGAUGAUGAGUAUUGGGUGUAGACGGUGUUACGUAGAUACAUAUACGAAUUGCUUUCCGUUUUUCUCUUAUUAUUGACUUACAAACAUAUCAGUUCUUUUUAUGUGUAUGAGUAUAGCAACAACAUCAACAAAUACGAUUAAAAUUACGAUAAAGAUUACGAUAAUGAAAUACAAUUUAACUAAUAUCUAGCGCUAACGAACGAAUGUACUUUCUGUUUACCAAAACCAAGAAAAACCACACAGAUGAGUUAGGCAUGCCGCCCACUUGGCCUUUUUGAGAAGCGCAGAGAGAGGCGCAAAGGGGAGCCUGGCACGAUUUACGACUUGUGGGCCUUCUACACUUUGACGUGCUUUUAUACGAUAGCAAUCCUUUUACUCACACGAGACAUUUCUAUCCUCGGUUCUCUUUUAUAGACAUGUGUACAUACACCCCACAGCACCCACAUAAAGGACACACACACCCAUACACCCACACUCAGCCACAGACAAAGACACAGUCACAGACACUGGCACACGCAUAUAUACGAUGGAGAUCACAUACAAAAGAACCUUCAUACGAACGAUCACUUGACUAUUUUUGCUAUAAGUAAGAAAUUCCCCCCAGGAAUGUGUCAGUUGGAAGUGGCAGAACUCCUGCUGACAAAACACCUUUACUAUAUUGACAAUAUCUCUUAUAUAUUUUACACUAUACUAUAUGGAAAAUUAUAUAUUAAUAUAUACAAGAAAAUGAGGAAAACCAAAAACAAAUAAUACAUAAUUGAGGCAAGACAAACGGCGUGAGUGGCGUUAAAAUUGUAUUUACAAGAAAUGCGUAACCAAGCAAGAUGAAAUCAUUUUAAUACUUUAUACACAUAAAAGUCAAAGGAAUCUUUAGAGAGGAAAACAGGCGGCAGAUGAAUAUGCAACUACAAGACAGACAGCAAGACGAUGAAGAUACAUUUAUAAAUUGCGCCAUAGCAGGGCGUCCAGUUUGUAAGUAUUCUAACUAUGUAAGUAAAGUAAUUAAGGAGCGCAGAACGAGAAUCAAUUAAACAUACAUACUACUGUCUACGAAGCCGCAGAGCCAAAAACUCUGUCCACUUUCAGUGCGAAUACUGUAACAACACAAAUGAAACCAGAUGGAAUGAAUGAAUGCCGGAUGCUGAAUGCGAUAUAUUCGCAUGAUUCAAAAUCGGACACAUUGGGUAUGAUGAUGAAUGUUGGAUGCGAGUUGCGAAAUUGGCCAAUGUGUGUACAUAAGCAUAAACAUAAUAUAAACUGGUACAGUACUACACUUACAGCAAACUAUACAAGGUAAAAACAUAAUAAUUAAACGCCAGGAAGCGCAACAAAGCGACAAAGGCGGAGACACAUACACAUAAAUAGAUGCAUAACGAGAAUUUAAUAAACCAUUUUUCAUUUCUAUAAAGAAAUCCGGUAACGAAUUUGUAUAUUUACUACGAGAGAAUGCAAAAGAACGAGUCAAGAAAUAAGAAAAUCCGAGAUAUAUACAAAAGGAUAUAUAUUAAACGGAGGACAAAUCCCAAAAAGGCCGAAGAACCCUUCUGAGGACAGCAAAUAAGCCCGUAUAUAUGAGAAAAUAAAACCCAAAUUGAUAUAUACAUAUAUAUACAUAGUUAUAUAACCAAGAACAACAAAUAAACAUAUAGUUAAAUUCAAUAAUGUUAAGCAUUCGAUGAGCAAACAGACAGGCAGGCAGUCACGCAUAUUGGUGGUUACAAAAAAAUUCAAUUAUAUUUAAGGACCCUCGAACCGAAAGAACAUAAUAAAACUAUGCGGCCACCAACAGCAUCAGCAACAAAACCAUCAACAACGGCAACAUCCUUAACAACAAACGCAAGUGCAACAUUUAUUAACGGACGACAAAAGGGCAAAUUGUUGCUCUUUUACAUACACGAAAUUACAUAAGUUUUUAAGAGAGAGAGAGAGACACACACACACACACCUCACCCAUACACACCCACAUCCACUCACACAGUCAGCCCGCAAUAUGUAUAUGCAACAAAAGUGCGAACAGCUUUAGCAGCAAAUUGAAACUCACUUUGUUCACCAUGUGCCACGUACAGGGGAGGAUAGACGAGGUUCUUGGGGAAGUGGAUAGCUAAUCCCACUAUACUCUCGAUGGGGUUAAAAUCGGCAGUGAAAUAGGCAGAAUCAGCAACAAGAACAUAGAUCAGCAACAGCAUAUUAAACCAAAAUGAACAAAAAACGAAGAAAACAAACAAAAAUGAACUAAAACAUGAUUUUAAACAAAAAUGAAAUUAAAUAAUGGCAUAUUAAGUUAAGCUAAUGGUACAUAAGUUUAAAAAACAAACGGCAAGAAACGCUCUAGAGCAACAAAAAAACGAGAUGAACCGAAAACCAAGACAAACAAAUAUAUAUAUAUAUAUAUAUAUAUAUAAAUAUAUAUAUAAAAUAAAAAUUAUAAUGAAAUAACUGAGAAAUAAAUAAAUUAAUUCAUAAUGAUAAAUAAACCAAUAUGAACAUUGUUCAAAAACAUACGCU